AAGAGGGAUUCCAGCGUAGAAAAUUUAGUUCAAGAAAGGCUUCCAAGAUUCUAGUAUAUACUCCAACGUUGGUGAGUUCCAUAUAAACGUCAUUUGCAAGAGCUCGCUCACUCAAAGACCUGACUAAACAUCUGUAUAGCCUUCUGCUUUAAGUCUUUCCUACACUAUGGGGGUACUAAGGAACGCGYUAAUCGUACUGUUAUUAUUUGCUGUUUGUGCUGAAAUGUUUCAUCUUCAAGUUGGGAAAGUUUCUAAGAAAUGCAGUUGUAAGAGAAGAGGUCGAAGAAUGACUCAGUACUUAGAGGAUAUUCAACCCGCUCUAGAAGAUAUGUGCGUAUUCACAAGACUACACUGCAGCGACUUAACAAACCCAACUACAAAACUCCAACAUCAGAAACAAGGCCUGACGUCAAUGGGCCUCAACCAGUUCACUUUAGCAAACCAAGCAAGUAAAUUUAAAACAAAUGCACUCAAGACCUUGUGUCAAACUGGAAGGAAGCUCUGUGAGCCUACAGUGACAAGGAAACGUCUAGUCGCGUCACCAUGGCGUUUCAAGAAAGAUCGGAGACGACUUCAAAAAAUUGAUACCAAUCAAGUAAUUAAUUGACUUUAUGACAACAUCAGCCUCUGCACGAGCUGGGCGUGUGAGUGAAGAGAGAUCAACUGCUUGUACUGAAUAGCACCAAGUACUCUCUCAAUAUAUACUAGAUUGUCUUUUCUCUAUACAUUGCAAUAAGGUUUUUCGUUGAUAAAUCAUUAACCCACAUGAGUCAAUGUCUCAUGACUUAUCUUUCGUAUGUUUAUCGUAUCACUCCCCUACGAAAUUGAUAUUUGCUCUAGCUGUUGACGCACAUAGCUUUCCUUGAAAAUCCUAUGAAAACCAAAAGCAAAUGUAGGCUUUGGUGAUGACGAUUUGGAAACUGAAAGGCAUUGAUGCAACAACGAUGCAACAACGCGCAAUGUUGCCAUCAGCUACGCUUAACUGUAUAAUCAAUAUAUACUUCUGCAAUGUCACGCGCAGUACGUUUCAUCACUUGAAAACAAUUUGCAACGAUGCUGACAAUGGCGUAAUAUUCUCAGCCAAUGAAAUGUGACUUUUCCGAUUACCGCUGGCCGUAAUUUUGCGACCUUUGAGCUGCUUUCACAUUUUUAAUAGCUUUGUAGCAGGAGGACUAUUCAUUCUAUGAAAUCAAAGAAACCUUGUACA